GGAGAAUGUAGUGUGACAUGUACUGACGCGUUGGCGAACGAGGAGGCGUACAUAGCACUCCUUUUUCUAUUUCUGCCACUAGUAGUGUAGAUAUUGACGAAAAAAAUUCAACAGAGUUCAUUUUCAUUUUUUUCUAUAAUUCGAUAUUUUUUCUUUUUUUUCAAUUUUUCUUUAACCUAGGCAAUGGAUAGAAUUAAAAGGACGUUCAGAAGGAAAAUAUUAUGGAUUAUCGUAUUACGAUAAAUUAUAAUUACGUGAAUAAUUACAUGAUCGAGCAAAAAUGUUGCUCGUAACGAGGAAGAGAAUUUUUUCGAAAUAAAAAUAAAGUUACCAGCUUUAUCGGAUUGAUUUCUUUGGUGAAUAACAACUGUUUGCCAACCGUUUGCUACAAAUCAACAAAUUCCGUCACACCGAAAGCGUACGUGUUAACUACAAAGUCUCUUGUCGUAAUAAACAAAACUCGCAAGUUUUCGCAUAUAAAUCGUUCGUUUUCCCUACUCAUCAAACAAAUGUCAAUUCCAAUCGCAUAGAAAUCAUUUUCCACGAUUCCCUCCCACUACUCGACCAUUUUCUAUUCAUUCGUAUUAAAAAUAUCUACUCCGCAGAGACUAUAAAAAUAUUUUCCUACAACAAUCCAAUUGUUCUUGCCAAUCCACGCAGUCGUGGCAAGAUUCUCUUCCAUCCAAUCAAACUUGCAACAGCCACGAGUUUGCGAACCUCGUAACCGUGUAUAAUCCCGUGUAUAUAUCGAGUUUUUCAUUGAAAAAACAAGGAAGAGGGAGAGAGGGGAGGAGGAGAAAAAAAGAGUAUUCCACGGACAAUUAGAAUAAUAAAAAUCCACGUCGAAAACAUUAGACUAUAUACGACCUGGUAUAAUCUUAUCUCCGACUCUGCCCACAUGUCAAGUCUUUCUUCCGCCGCUAUGCUCGUACACGGCUCUAUUUCCAUGCGACCCGUGUGUCAGUGUGACGCAUUUUCCCACACGUACACGCACAAACACAGAGGCACAGGGUUCGCCGUUUGAUACAGGCGCUCGUGCGUGCUUUUCUACAACAUUUAUCCAACGUGCACAAUACUCGUAAAGUAUCCAACGAAAUAGCGUUAAACACAUUCGGCCCGUAGCAAGUGUGGGUGUCCGAGCGCGAGCGCGCGCGUGUGCGUGGAUUAUUUUCGCUUAUACCGCGGCGCACGCAAUCUCAGAAGUGGUUCUCGCGUUGACAGGUUCCGAACGAGUUUUCGCCGGCCUCCGAAGCCACCGAUCGGUCAGUGCUUCCACGCCUGGAUCCAAGGAUCCUCCUCGAGUAUCCUCCUCGAAGGAUCGAACGAUCAACAGGGAGCAGGAGGUGGAGGAGGAGGAGGAGGAGGAGGAAAAGGAGCUCGCUGGUGAUCGUGAUCGCGGUCGGUACGAGACCGAUGUGACACGCGGACGAAUUCUUAUGCAACGUUUAAGGUGAACGUGGUGCACGGUUAAACCGGUGCACGAACGGAAGAAGCUGUCCCCGGGAAUUAUGAAUGAUCCUCGUCACGAGGAUGGUGAAGAGCCGUACCUCGUGUACCCGGUUGCUGGAAAUAGCGUGCAAUCUGCGCACGGAAACGGCGACAACUGGACAAAUACGCUUGUUGCUCGCCUCAUGCGCUCUACACCAAUGUGCCGUCGUUGAGUCGUGACGAAGAGGAAUCUCGGACCGGUUGUACGCGUAAGAGUAUUCCUUCGAAGUGGAAAAGUUGAUUAGAAUUAUAUCUUGAUUCUUCUCUCUCUCUCUCUCUCUCUCUCUAUUUCUCUUUCUCCCUCUUUCCCUCUCUCUUUCUCUCUCUUUCUCUCGCUUGAAUCACGUUAUUGUUGUGCACAUGUGAACAGAGAAGAGGGGAGCAGGAUAUUAUCGUGGUCAUGAUGGUCAACGGAUGCGGAAAAGUGAUAAUGGAUGACGGAAUAAGACGAGAAUAAACGAUAGUAUGCAGAACGAUAGUCGCACGAGAAAUCGCACGAUGCGUGAACUUGGUGGCCGUGCUAGAACUUCGGACGUUUGUGAAACGGAUUUCAAAGUUUUAAAGCGUUGGAAACGAAGGGACGUUCUUUGACGGCACGCGUCAUUUUCUAACAUUCCCUCUCCCCCCGGCCCCGCCCCCGCCCCGCAAACUUGUCCACGAUGGUGCUAUCGAUGCUUCUCUAUGACUCUCUGCAUUAUCGAUGGUGUUAACGAGUUUUCCCAAUAGAAAGUUUACGCGCAUCGCGCAAUAAUUCUCUCGGGGAAAGUAUGCUUAUUACAAGAUUUGCGAGAUGGAAGGAUGAAUUCGAAUCCGAAGAAGGGGCGGGACGAAAAGGAAGAAGAGUUAGAGUGGAGCGAAGAGUUUGGUGAUUACGGAUCGUAAAUUCGUUUGACGCAUACGCGAUGCUGCGUUACGACGUUGAAAAACGUGUUUCAGAUUAUCGUUGGAUUUACAACCCGUGAAUCAGCCGGGAGGAAAAAAAAAAAAGAAAAAAAAAUCAACGUGCAAACUUUUAUGAUCGCGUUAUGCUCGCGGAUAAAGCGAGCGUUUCGAUCUCUAUCCCGCAUUGAGAGCGGGAAAAAUUUAAAAUCGUUCCCGUGCGAUAAUUUUUUCGAAAGAAAAGGAAAAAAAGGGAAGAAAAGGGAACGAGGAGAAGGAUCGAUCGUCGUGACGCGAGGUAUUUCUCUUCCGGAGGAAAGGAAAUAUAUAUAUAAAUACGGGGGGAGGAAAAGAGACACAGGAGGAGGGAAAAUCGAGAUCGUUCAACGAAAUGCUAAUGAGCGAAAAGAAUUGUGCGAGGAAAGAAGGAACAAACGAGGAAUUGGGCGAGCAUACGAUCAGAGACAGUAACAGAGUACCACUGGACGAGCUGCUGGUGAACUCGACGGUCCCUUCGACCACUGUUCCGGUAAAAGUGUGCGACGACUCCGCGGACGAGGGAGGAAGGGACAACAACGACAAGCAGAAACGAGGAAUCCUGACCAACUUUCAGAGAAGGACAUUUAGCAGGAUCAGUUUCAAAGGAGAAUCCGGUCCUCUACUGAGCAGAUACCGGCAGACCAGAUUCAGCUCCCGAAGAAUACGGAAAAGGGUGGUUUUCAAGCACGGCGAUUGCAAUGUCGUACAAGGAAAUGUCGCCAAGCGACGACGACGUUACCUUCAGGAUAUUUUCACGACACUGGUCGACGCACAAUGGAGAUGGACUCUUCUGGUGUUCUCGAUGAACUUCUUGCUCUCGUGGCUAGGUUUCGCCCUGAUUUGGUGGCUGAUCGCUUACAGCCACGGCGACCUCGAUCCGGAGAAUCACGCCAACUCCAACUCGACCUUCAUCCCCUGCAUCGAGAACAUUCGUGGAUUCACCAGCUCGUUCCUCUUCUCGAUCGAGACCCAGCACACGAUCGGGUACGGAUCGAAGCACCCUACGGACGAGUGUCCGGAGGCUGUGUUCGUCAUAUGUAUCCAGUCGAUGACAGGUGUGAUACUGCAAGCAUUCAUGGUGGGGAUAGUUUUCGCCAAGCUUUCCCGGCCCAAGAAGAGAACGCAGACGUUGUUGUUCUCGAGGAACGCGGUCAUCUGUCAGAGGGACGGGCAGCCGUGCCUCAUGUUUCGAGUCGGUGACAUGAGGAAGAGCCACAUUAUCGAGGCUCACGUGAGGGCGCAGAUGAUCAAACGAAAGGUGACCAGAGAGGGGGAACUGUUACCCUUCUUCCAAACGGAGCUGAAAGUGGGGAGCGACGGCGAGGAGGACAAGAUCUUGUUCAUCUGGCCGACGACAAUCGUUCACAAGAUCGACGAGCAAUCUCCCCUUUAUCACAUAUCGGCAAGCGAUAUGCUGCGCGAACGCUUCGAGAUCGUGGUCAUAUUGGAAGGCGUGAUCGAGUCGACCGGAAUGACGACCCAAGCCAGGAGCUCCUAUCUACCCUCUGAGAUUCUGUGGGGGCACAGGUUCGAACAUAUAAUCACGUUCAAAAAGGAGACGGGGGAGUACGAGGUGAACUACACCCUUUUCAACAACACGUACGAGGUCGAUACACCACUGUGCUCGGCGGCCGAUCUCGAUAAAAUUAAGGCGAUGCAAAGAGCGAAAGGAGAGCGCAUGAGCAGCACGGGAUUCGCUCAUUAUCGCGAUGCAUCGAGCAGUUCUCUGACCACCGGAUCCGGUUCCAGCUUGGCGUCGUCCACCGGUGGACUGCACAUGAACGUGCCAAUGACAUCGUUGACUCCGAUUCCAGUUAUGAUCACGAGCCCGGACGGCUCUCUCAGACGCGAGAGCAUGCAGAGCGGGCAAACCGAGAUGAAACCGCCGAUAUUUUACACGCAUAACGAGUUUUUGGACAACGAGCAUUCUUCGAGCUGUCCGCAAGACGAUUCCGGGAAUCAGGAGGACUACGACCGCGUGUUGGAGGAUAUAAACGCGACGUUGAGGAAGAGUCGAGGGCCGAGCCAGGAGGCGAGGAGGAUGCACAAGGAGCCGUCCAAAACCACGUUAGAUUCGAGGAAGAGCGAGUGCAGGGACGCGAUAAGAAGAUCCAACUCGCGGCUAACCAUGGAUCAAAUCCCGAUCAACACUCCCCCGAGAUCACCCUCGCGACAGCAUUUAGAGGCCAGGAACGAUUGUAAUCCGAUGACGAGGCACGCGAAAUUCGUCGAAUCCACGGAGCCUCAUCGCGACCCUUCGCCCCAUCCCCACCUUUCCCCGCCGAGAAGGUACAGCCUGGGCGAGAAUCACAGGGCCAAGGAUCAACACCAGCCCGCGAAGAAGACCAGUUUCAUCCUCGGCGACGACGAGCACCACGUGAUCGAGAUGGAUCAAGAGAGGAGCAGCAGUUUCGUCGCGGGUGACGAUCAUCGCCACGUGAUCGACAUCGAAUCUGACCCUGUCUCCAAGCUGUCUUCCAGGCAGCAGACAUUGGACGCGUCCAAGACGAACCACCACCACCAUCAUCCUCGAAACGACGCCUCCUCGGGUCCUCAGGAGCAAGUGUAGUAGUUUGAACGAUUAGCUUGUAACCAAGCUUUUGAGGAUCGAGGCAAAGAAGAAUGAGUCGAAACUUGUUUUCGAUAGAAGUGGAUCGAAAGGUCCGGAUCGCUCUGGUUCCUCCUCCUCCAUUUUACGCAGGCUGGUCUGAUUCAGAGAGAUACGAAAGGCGAUUAAGGCGGCAACAACUGCUCUCCGAAAAGGCCAGUCGGUGUCUGGCCUUUGGGAAAGAAAGAAAAAGAAAAAGGAGGCAUGCGUGGUCCUUGGUGAAAUUCCAUUGAUCGCCUUGUUCGAGCGUGGAAACUUGGCUAAAAAAUCGAGGCUACGCUCCUGCUCGAUUCGAGCGUGCGCUAUGUGGACGAGAGUCUUAAACGAGUCCGGAAAUCGUCGGUUAAGUAACACGAUCUUAAUGGCGAUACACGCCAAAAGGAAUUAUCCCUUUCAUUCAAUUUGAACAUGCGAUUCUCAUCGAGAGAGAGAACAACAAAUCACGCGACGAAUCGGAUGUUUGCCAUUCCAACGGACAAAUCUUCGCCCUGCCUUUCUUUAUAUCGGACGCUCAACGAUUCCCCGACUUCUCUUUAAGAUAAUUACUUCACGCGAGAAGCGUCUCGUCUUUCUUUCUAUUUCUAUUUCCAUUGGAUACUCUAAGAAUUAAACUUUCUUUAUCCUUUAAGAUAAUUAUUUCAAUUGAGAAAGUAAAUCUCAGUCCAAUGAGCACUCUACCUUUCUUUCUAUUCGAUGUUCCAACGAUUAUCGAACUCUCUUUGCCCUUUAAAAUAUUCGUUUUAGGCAAAUCUUAGCUCAACAAGCAUCCUGUCUUUCUUUCUAUUCGACGCUUUAAAGAUUAUCAAAUUCUCUUUACCCUUUGAGAUAAUCGUUUCAGAUAAAUCUCGACUCAACGACCGCCCUACCUUUCUUUCUAUCGACACUCAACGAUUCAUCAAACUCUCUUUGUCCUUUAAGAUAAUUAUUUCACUCGAGAAUCUCGACGCACUCUGCUUUCUAUUGGAUAUUCUUUAACGAUUAUUAAACUUUAAGAUAAUUCUACUCUUUACAAUUAUUAAACUCUCUCUAUUCGUUAAGAUAAUUAUUUCACGCGAGAAGGCGAAAUCUCGGCCAACGAGCGUUGGAAGGAAUUCGGCCAAUCUUUUCCGUAUCCAACUUUCCAUCGUUCAUUCUAUAAAACGUAGGUAAACACGUUUAAAACUCUGAAGAAAACUCUUCAGAGAAAACUCCUCGGUUUUUCUGCGGAUAUUUAGAGCUGAAGGUAAUUGGGAGCGAGGGUAUAUAUAUAUAUAUAUAUACAUACACACACAGACACAUCGUAUAUAUUUCCACGUUAUGAUGCAACACGCGAUGGCUGAAGGGCAGAUGGAUGAGCAGAGGAUUAAGUGGAUUCAGAGAGUGUCGUAGGUUAGACGACACGACACGACAGGAUGAGUUUAGUGGCGGGAAGUGCCCUCGUUAUCACGCCAGUCAAUUGUUUAAUCUCAGCCCGGCCUCCUCCCCUCCCCGCCCGUGCUUCUUCUUCUGGGCCAGGUUUCUAUACACGACGCGCGCGCGCAAACACGCCACACAAAUAUACGCGAGAACCGUGACACCGCGCAAAACACGCUAAACCGGCUAUCAAGUUCCUCGAGCACGUACCUUCUUGCAAGUACGCAGUCCGUGUCCUUGUUUUCGAGACACAUUUCACCUACCUUGUAAGCUCGCCAGCUUGCCUAGAAGCUGUUCCCUUGGAUCGAAAGUGAAAGCGCGAACGUUACUCGCAAGAUUUUUAUCUUUAACGAUUUAUCUUGAACGAAAUUUCAAUCGGGUUUGGAUUGGCGAGGAAUUAUAUCUUUUCCUUUAUUUUCUCCGCCGAUUCUUUCCACGAUGUAAAUACAGGUAUAUCAAAAAUAAUCGGAAGGAUUAUUGAUAAACUAGCGUUAAAGUGGCGGCGAUCCUAUCCUUCCUAGGAUCUAGAAAAAAAUCUCUUCUCGCGAUAUACAGUCAAUAACGCUCGUCGAAGAGAGCGUUGUACAUUUAGAUUUUAUAUUAAAGAUCUGUUCCAUCCACGAGAUCAUUGACCAUUACGUAUUACGUCAGAUUUACCGGGUGGAAUUGUGCUUCUUGAUUUUUUAUUUUUUUCCCCCUCCUUCUGUUCCGCAACCGAGUUAUCGCGGAAUCCCUCCUUUUCUUAUUCAAAACAGCCAUUGUUUCGUGGUCGACAAUGAACAGUAUCUAGAAUGACAGCGCGUUGCACGAGAAUAGAAAAACGGCGAAGCGUAUCACCUUGCAACGCGAAUUGCGACAUCCUCUGGAACUGUCCUCGAACUGAUAUACCGAUUAUGCUCGCGCUGGGUUUACGAUUCGCAUGCCCGUAUUCACACCUACGAUCCCCAAGAUUAGAAUUCCAACUUGGAUUUUAUCUUAGCCAGAACGAAUUCGAGGAAGAAUUCGUGGGACGAAAGAUGGGUGAACGGCGUUUGUAUGAAAGAUCGAAACUUUCGCUAUAUGCCAUCUGUGAUUUAUCUUUCGAUAUGUAUAUUUUCGAUAUAUAUACAGGUAACAAUUUCUUUUAUCUACACGAUUCUUUCAACGAUACGAAAAUAGAUAUCGAGUUAAAAAUAACCGAAAGGACAAAUUAGCGGCGAGGAGGAAGAAUGAUUCAACGCGCGCAUUCUUUCGAUUCAAACUCGAUCGAUUCUUCCAAGCGAUAUUUUUCGAUGUCGAGUUAAAGGUAAUAAACCGAGGCUCUACAUCGCGGCGAUGACGCGAUGGAAAGAGUGGUACGAGAAGGUAAAAAAAGAAAAAAAAAGAAAUAGAAUCGGUAACCUCGCGGAUCGAGGAGGAGCGCGGUCUUUCUCGCGAUAAAAUUAUCGCGGAUCGUUCGAGAGCGUGAGAAUGAAUAAUUACUUGAAAAACAAUUUUAUUACGCGCUCAUUUUCACGACAAUCGUGACCAAGAUAGCCGCGAUCGAAGGUUGUCACACUUUUCAAACCUGUGUGCGUCGCGUACAUUCCUACGGUCGUUAGUUCGCGUUACGCUUUUUUUCUCCCUCUCGCGAGAAAAAUGCACGCGAAAUGAAUGAGUGACGCCAUAGUUACAGAUCCAAUCACACGCGUUCCUGAAACCGUUACCGGCGUUUCCGUUUAAUAGUGAAUCGUAAUAUGAAGGAAAUUGGCGAAUCGUGGAAAUGAUUUCCGUGUAUAACUCCAACUCACGAUUGUGAUUCAUAUGUAGAAAAAUAUACAAAAGGCGUAAUCGUCGAUUUUACGACGUUUCGAAUCGAUAACGAUUAAUAACGAUAGCGAAAGAUUGGGAAAUCGCGCGGAGAUAAUGGCGGUUAGUUUGGUGGAAGAUGGAUGGUACACUCGAAACGUCACGGUCGUGCCCGCCGGCCUCGUUCGCGUAAUUGGUUAUUAUCACGGCGAAGUGUGUCCCCCAUUAGCGGAUACCGGUGUACACACUUGGCCCUGUUAGUGCGCAUUAGCGUGUACGGUGUGCACACAAACCGAUCCACGGUGGGCGCACGUGCUCCGCUCGCCGAACGAUCCACGAAAACUAUCAGCUAACGAGUUAAUGUUACGUGAAUGGGAUAAUGGUUGAGAACCAUCUGCCGGUAAACCGGUCUACAUGGGGCGAAAUUUAACGUAUCGUCAUCGCUAAUCGCUUCGAUGAUUGCUUCAAUGAAUAAUUUUCGGCCACCAGCUGUUGUUGUUUCGUUAUCGAGAAGAGGAGCACGAUCGCGCCUGCGCCACGAUUUUAUCCGAUCGAUUUGACUAAUUUUGUUGUGGAGAGGAGAUGGAUUUCUUUAUCGAUGUAAAAUGUUUCUAUAAUUUUCUCUUCUUCUUCGAAAUAACGGUUGAUGAUUAAUUAAUAAUUGGAAAAUUGGCGUGAGUCGCUCGAUCGCGUCCGAAAAGAAAAAUCCAACGUCUGAAUCAACCGCGCGUUUAAAUCUCAUCGAAUAUGCGCAUCAUCCUCGCACGAUACGAAUGCUGCGAGCGCCUGUGUAAACACACAGCCUUUAUGAAUUCUCAUAAACUCGUCAAGGUUCACCAACCAAGUCCGACCAACGACGAAUCGCUAACUUUCUUUCGAUCGUCGACAUCCCCCUCCAGUAGAAUUCGAACAGCCAACCUAUGCCAAUGUCAUCCUUCAAUGCCGGCGUAAAAAAAAAUCGACAAGAGAAACCAAUUACCACUUACUAUUGGUGAAACGAGGAAUCAAUUUUUUCUAGGGUGUAACGAUCUUUUCGAUCGGGUGAAAGUGGAAGGAGAAUUUAUUUCGAGGUAACAAAGGGAUGGAGAAGAAGAA